AACCCCACAUCACAACACUUCACGCUAUACUUAUUUUUUCUUUCUUCUUUCACUCACUUUCAUGUUUUCAGUUUCUUUCUACCUUCGCUUGUAACAAGAGCCAUUUGGUGAUCAUCGCUUCGCUUCUUCAUCUUCUCCUUCACCGAUCAUGUCAAGGGUGAAGUUGGUUUCAUAUAUUCAUUUUUUGUUAUUGAAUGGAUGACGCUAGUGUUUUGGUGCUAUUUUAAUGACAUAUUUUGAUUACGGGAAUAUUUCCUCAAUGGGUGGAGCGUGUUCCAGGAAGCAAGAGCGGAAUAAUGAAGAUGGUCUUUGUAGAGGAUUUUCAAGGAAAUUUUGCAAAUGUGGGAGUUUGAAAUGGUGGACGUCGUCAUUUUCUUAUUCAUCCAUGGAUUUACGCAUACAAAAAGGAGAAUGUCCAUCACUGUUGGACUUGUGCAUCCAGAAAAUAAGUGAGGAUCUUGAUAGACAUAACACAUUUUCUAUGCUUCCACGGGAUAUAAGUCAGCAAAUUUUUAAUAAUUUGGUCUACUCUCAACGUCUUACUAGAGGUUCUCUUGAAACCUUUCGAGAUUGUGCUCUCCAGGAUCUAUACUUGGGAGAAUAUGCUGGUGUUGAUGAUUCUUGGAUGGAUGUCAUCUCAUCUCAGGGUUCAUCUUUACUUUCGGUAGAUCUUUCUGGGUCUGAUGUCACUGAUUUUGGAUUGACUUACCUUAAAGAUUGUCAAAGUCUCAUUUCCUUAAAUCUAAAUUACUGUGACCAAAUUUCAGAUCAUGGAGUGGAGUGUAUCAGUGGUCUGUCAAACUUGACAAAUUUGAGUUUUAGAAGAAAUGAUUCAUUAUCUUCUCAAGGAAUGAGUGCCUUUUCUGGUCUUGUUAACUUGGCCAAGUUGGAUUUGGAGAGAUGUCCUGGGAUUCAUGGAGGCAUUGUUCAUCUUCAAGGUUUAACUAAGUUGAAAUCUCUCAAUAUGAAGUGGUGUAAUUGCAUAACAGAUUCGGACAUGAAGCCUCUAUCAGAACUUGCAAGCUUGACAAGUCUAGAGAUUUCUUGUAGUAAAGUCACCGAUUUUGGCAUCAGCUUUCUAAGAGGAUUACAGAAGCUUGCCCUGUUAAAUUUGGAAGGGUGCCUUGUAACAUCUGCAUGCUUGGAUUCUCUUGCAGAGCUUCCUGCACUGUCAAACUUGAAUCUUAAUAGAUGCAAUCUUUCUGACAAUGGAUGUGAAAAGUUUUCAAGACUGGAAAAUUUGAAAGUGUUAAACUUGGGAUUUAAUGACAUCGGAGAUACAUGUUUAGCUCAUUUGAAAGGGUUGACGAAGUUGGAGAGCUUGAACCUUGAUUCAUGUAAGAUUGGUGAUGAAGGAUUGGUGAACUUGACAGGUCAUAAGCAUUUGAUCUGCUUGGAAUUGUCUGAUACAGAAGUUGGAAACAAUGGGCUAGAGCAUUUAUCUGGAUUGUCUAGUCUGGAGAAAAUAAAUCUGUCCUUUACUGUUGUUAGUGAUAGUGGUUUAAGGAAAUUGUGUGGAAUCUCAUCUCUGAAGUCGCUUAAUUUGGAUGCUUACCAAAUUACUGAUGCUGGACUGGCAACCCUUACAAGUUUGACUGGACUCACUGACCUGGAUUUGUUUGGUGCUCGGAUAACAGAUGUUGGGACAAAUUAUUUGAAAAAAUUCAAGAACCUGAGGUCCUUGGAAAUAUGCAGUGGUGGAUUGACUGAUGCUGGUGUGAAAAAUAUCAAAGAGCUUUCUUCGCUAAUGUGCUUAAAUUUAUCACAAAACAGCCACCUUACGGACAAAACACUGGAGUUAAUUGCAGGGCUCACUGGGUUGAUUUCUUUAAAUCUUUCAAAGUCUCGCAUCACCACAGCUGGACUGCAGCAUUUGAAAACACUGAAGAACUUGAGAUCUCUGACAUUGGAGUCCUGUAAGGUGACAUCAAAUGACAUAAAGAAAUUUAGAUCAAUACACCUCCCAAAUUUGGUAAGCUUUCGACCCGAGUAGUUGGUUGGGCCGUAUUGUAAUCUGUGUAUAUAUGACUUGUAUCGAUAUUCUAGAAAAACAUAAGAGGACAAUCUCAAAAUGUACAUAGGCUAAUGUCUUUAUGGAGGGUAUGAAUUGCCUCCCUGUGGUACAAAGGAUUUUCUCAUUCUCCUAAUUGUAUGUAAGUGUGUGUGUGUGUGUGAAUAUAUGUGUGAUGUAAAGGAACGAUGCUAAACUCUUUAUUAUCGAACAUAGAUGUUAAUAUAGAUAAAUAAUUAUUUUUUUCUUUAA